UAUGUGUUUGAAUCAACAAAAACAGCUAAGAGUCCAUAUAGAAAAGCAAAAUUACAACAACAAAAAACAGAACACUGUCAAAACAGAGUUAAGGAAGUGUAGCAAUGUCACUAAUUCCGAGCAUUUUUGGAGGUCGACGAAUGAACGUGUUCGAUCCAUUCUCUCUGGACGUAUGGGAUCCAUUCGAAGGGUUCUUGACGCAAGCAAACGCACCGGCUAAUAAGGACGUGGCAGCGUUCACAAACGCUAAAGUGGAUUGGAGGGAAACACCUGAGGCGCACGUGUUCAAGGCGGACUUGCCAGGGCUUAGAAAAGAAGAGGUGAAGGUGGAGGUUGAAGAUGGGAACAUACUUCAGAUCAGCGGAGAGAGGAGCAGUGAGAAUGAAGAGAAGAGUGACAAGUGGCAUCGUGUGGAGAGGUCGAGCGGGAAGUUUAUGAGGAGGUUUAGGCUGCCGCAGAAUGCGAAGGUGGAUGAAGUGAAGGCCAGUAUGGAGAAUGGUGUGUUGUCUGUUACGGUGCCGAAAGUGCCGGAGAAGAAGCCUGAAGUGAAGUCCAUUGAUAUUUUCGGUUAAGGGGAACUUUAAAGUUCAAGCAUUGAAGAGGAACAUGUGUUGUGUGUGAAAGUAAUAAUGUGACUUUCUUCUUUCCUGUAAUCAUAAAAUGUUGUAUCAAUGUAAGUAACAAAUCUGAAUAAGAAAGGUGUUUUGAGAAUUGA